AUGAAGCUAUUGAUCACUAUAUUGUUUGUUGCUGCUGUGUGUACUGCUGUACCAGAUGGAUAUAGAGCUCCCGGAUCUUCUACUGGAGGAUUUUCUGGCGGAGGAGGAUUCUCUGGUGGAGGAUUCUCUGGUGGGGGUGGAUUCUCUGGUGGGGGUGGAUUCUCUGGUGGAGGUGGAUUAUCUGGUGGAAAUGUAAUUUCUGCUGGAGGAAGUGGAUUCUCUAGUGGGGGAGGAUUCUCUAGUGGAGGUUUCUCGGGUGGGGGAGGAUUCUCAGGUGGGGGAGGAGGAUUUAGCAGUGGAGGAUUCUCAAGUGGAGGAGGAUUUUCCAGUGGAGGAUUUUCUAGCGGUGGAGGAUUCUCUGGUGGAGGUGGAUUCGCGAGUGGAGGAGGAUUUUCUAGCGGCGGUGGAUCUGGCAGAGGAUGCGGUCCUGGGACGGUCUUACAUGUGGACGGGUCCUGCGUCUCCCCAGUAGUAUCACGAAAAGUGUACGUCUACGACGCCCCUGCACAACCGUCCGUUCCAAGUGGUCCACCACCAAGGAUUCCACCGCCGAGGGUUGAUCACAAUAUCCUGUUUGUUCGUCUUCCGGAGGGAGGUGCAGGAAUUGAGCCUAUUGUUAUCCCACCACCAAGGCAAGAGAAUAUCGUGUACGUCCUUAAUAAGGCCAGUGGAGCAGGAGGACAACAAGUCAUCGAAGUACCAGCUCCUCCUGCUUCUAGUCCAGAAGUGUUCUUCGUCAACUAUGCAGAAGGAGAAAAUCCUCAGCUCCCUAGCGGUGUGGACCUCCAGACAGCUCUGCAAGCGGUUUCCAGUGGAGGAGGACAAGUCAUCGGGGGUGGUUCCGGAGGGGGAGGAUUUGGAGGCGCAGGAGGACUGGGUGGCGGAGGAGGAUUGGGGGGUGGCUUUGGCGGUAGUGGAACAGCCGGAGGUGGAUUUGUUGGAGGUUCGGGAGGCGGAGGAUUUGGCGGUGGGGUAGGACAAGCAGGAGGAGGAUUCGUAGGUGGCUUUGGAGACAGCGGAGAACUUGGAAUCAGCGUUGGUUCCGGUGGUGGCCACGUUAGUGCACCGUCAAACACGUAUGGUGCUCCCUAAGGCAAUUGUUAGUCCUUUCAAGGAAUCAGGAAAGAGAUGAUUCUCACAUAUAAAUCACAAGAUUCAAUUUGUGUUUUGUUGAUAUUGUUGUUGUUACCUUUUGUAAUCAUAUGAAUAAAAAUAAAUUAAUGA